AUCCCUUGCAAAAGUACUUUAGAUUGGCAAAUCAGAUAGGAUAUUCUACUUCUUUUGCUUAGUAUAUCCUGGUUGAAGACAGAAUUUUGAAUCUCCUGAUAUACUCAGAUCGAUUUCCAAAAAGGUUAUCUCUUUUUUUUUAACCAAGAAAAAUGUCUUCGAAGCUUGCUGCUGCCCGUUACGGCAAGGACAAUGUCCGUGUCUACAAGGUCCACCGCGAUGAGAAGACCGGCUUUCAAACAGUGGUUGAGAUGACAGUUUGCUGUCUUCUCGAGGGCGACAUUGACGUUUCAUACACCAAAGCCGACAAUAGCGUCGUAGUCGCCACAGACUCGAUCAAAAACACCAUCUUUAUCCUCGCCAAGCAACAUCCAGUCACAACCCCCGAAGUAUUCGCAUCCAUCAUCGGAAACCACUUCAUCCAGAAAUACAGCCAUAUCCAUGUCGCCCACGUUAACAUCAUCACCCACCGAUGGACUCGCAUGACCAUCGACGGCAAGCCCCAUCCUCACUCCUUCUUGCGCGAUGGCGCAGAAACCCGCAAUGUCCAAGUUGACGUAACUGAGGGUAAGGGGAUUGAGAUUGCAUCCACCAUUCAGGGCCUCCAUGUCCUGAAAAGCACUGGUUCACAAUUCUGGGGAUUCGUCCGUGACGAAUAUACUACAUUACCAGAAGUCUGGGACCGUAUUCUCAGUACCGAGGUGGAUGCAACUUGGAAAUGGAAGAAAUUCUCGAGCUUGGCUGAGGUGCAGGCUGAUUCAGCUCGGUUCGAUAAUGCCUGGAGCGCUGCGCGUGAAAUUACCCUCUCCACAUUCGCAAAGGAGAAUAGUCCUAGUGUGCAAGCGACCAUGUACAAGAUGGCAGAUCAGAUUCUAGCCGCUGUCCCGCAGGUCGAGACGGUGGAGUACUCGCUGCCUAACAAGCACUACUUUGAAGUUGAUUUGAAAUGGCACAAGGGUCUCAAGAACACAGGCAAGGAUGCUGAGGUUUUCGCUCCCCAGUCAGGGCCCAAUGGACUUAUCAAGUGCACUGUAGCUCGCACUUCCAGGCCCAAGCUUUGAGCUUUUCAGAUAUCUCUUCAUAAAUGCUUAGAAUGGGUGUUGCGGGCGUUAUCUGUUGCAUGGUUAAUGUAUAUAUCUAUCAAUCCAAAAUUCUUUUCUCUCCAAAAGAUUGUCUAUCGUAAUGCUUGCGAUAUACAAUAUAUUUGUAGCACCGGAUUGAGGAUCUAGAAUACAAGUAGAUGCCACGACGGAUAAGACGUAACAGAGAGGAAAGGGAAAAAAAUGCCAAAGACUCCAUCCAUGCGCUUUGAAGUAACCCAGAAAAGAGGACAAGACUUUCACGAAAGAAGAACAAUAUAUAUGUUGUACAUGUUAGACGAAUCAUUGAGAAGCCGACGCUGACUCGGCUGUCUGUUUGGCCUCUUGGAAUGCUUGUUUGACCUCGGGUAGGUUGCCUAGCACACUGGUACCGGCGAUCUUGACAAUAUUCUUCUUGUAAGGGUGCUGAAGGCCUUCGAAUGCUGUAAGAAGUCAGUUAGCACCUGCUCGUUAUUGAAUGGCCAAUCUCGAACUCGGCGGGAUAUGAAAGCACAAAGGUCAGCUUACUCUUCAGCCUCGCCAA